GGUAGCGUUAGCGUUGUGUUGCGUAGCGUAUUCGUAGCGUUGUGUUAAUGCUCUAUUCUUGUCUGGGCGUAGAGCCGGAGGGAAGGGGGGGGCGUCCUUGGCUCGUGAGGCGUUGGACGAGAGGCAGGGAUUGAACAGAGGACUUGAUUUGGUGACGCUGAGCAAUAUACGAAAAGGCAAGGAUCCGUUUAGAAGUGGUUCUCUCUGUGUCACUGCCUCCAGGCCACGUCCUCUCAGGUUCCUCCCAGGCCCACCAUCAUCUUUUUGGGCUUUCUGCUCUGUUCUGUCGAUUCUCACUCAUCAGUUCUCAGCACUAACGCCAUCCAUCGGCCCACUGCCACUCGAAGCAUGCCUUGGACCAGUCAUAGGCCUCUGGUGGCAGAUCUCUAGCAACCUGGGCGGUGCCUGUUCUGUCUGUAUGUCUGUGUUGUGUCUACUGACACCCCCCAAGAAAGGGAAGAGUGCGCUGUGCCGUAGCCGUCUCUUGUGCUGCGUGUCCUCUCCGUGACUUGACUGGCUUCAGAGGCCCACCCGUCGGGCGAAUCGUCAUAAUCAACCGCCCCCAUGAUGAAUCACAGUUUGGCCGUAGCUUUGCCUCCCUCCUCCGUGUGGCUGCCACUGUCCUCUGUCCUCCCCAACAUCUCUCCCGGCCGGGGCGGCGUAGGCGUACUCGGUACUCACUCUCUGGAGCGGAGACGUCGGAGGCCGGCGUCACUCUGCACGUUGGAACUCUCGUCACACACUGAGUUUGAGUCCGGCCGUGUCGUGUCUGUGGGCUGUCUCCCCCCAACACUACAGUGCAGUCCACAUACAUACUUUUGCCGGACCGCCUCUGAGCAACAACUGGAACGGAACAGCAAACCUUUUUUCGCCCAGAUACGAUUGAGUUUGCGACUCGAUUGGCUAUCAGAUGGGCGUCUGAGGCGCUUGGCGACAUAUUUUUGCUCAAAAAGGAAUGCAUGAAGUCAUGGAAACGGAUACACCCAGUUACUUACCGUCUGUGUGAUAGAUAAUAAUGGAUCGAACAAUUAUCUUGGGG